CUGCUGCCGGCUCUGGCGGCGCUGUCGGUGCUGCUGCCUCCCGACCGAGAUCGCCAUCUGGACGCCGCCGAUGCUGGUUGCCCUUGGGUUUCAGAUUCUCACCUUUCCCUUGCUCCGCUUUCGCGCAUCCUGCUGGCCCGUGUUGCACGGUUUCUGGUUCCUUAUGCCCUUGCUGCACUUGCGCCUGAGCCAGCUACCGUGCAUGUUUUCUCUUCGCCUGCAUCUUUGGCGCCAUCAUGACAGCGACGGCGCUCAUCAGCAAGAACGGCGUCCAGGUCAUCUCGCUGGGCAUCUACUCCAUUGGCGAAGCAGCCUUUUCCAUCAUCCAGUUCUUCCAGUCCCGCUUCUACACCUACCAAGAUAGCACCAACACCAUCGUCUUCCAUGACAAGCUUGCGUCGUCGGCGGGAUACACGAGCUUUUGCCAGUUUUCGGAGAUCGCGGUUGUCGCUCUCACGACAGCCCUGACCGUGUUUCUCUGGGCAAUGACCAUCUACCUCUACAACGAGAUCAACUGGGUUCUCUACAACCGCAUGGGACCGAGUCUGUUGAAGAAGCGAUACUUUUACCUGUACCAGGUCUUCCUGUCUGUCGUCAAGUUCAAUGCCUUCUUCCUGGUCAUAUACGGUGCCCAGAUUACAGGCGCAUUCGUCUUGAAUGCCUAUCUCGUAGCUAAUUUUGGCGAGCACUUGCUUGCGGUGCUGCUUGGCGUCUCGAUCCCGCUCUUGCUCAUCACCAUCACCAUGGGCUUUGCCGCCGUCAACUACGAGAGCUUUGUGGCUCUGUGCGUUUUUGAAGUAGGCUGCAUCGGAACGAUAGCCGGGAUCAUCUUUGUGAUCAUCAGGACAUACAACAGCCAGAGCAACGGCAGCUCCUUUGCCAUCAUGCGCGUGUUCUUGUUGUUCUUUUCGAUCCUGUCACUCCUCUUGACGCUCGCCGCCGGCAUCAUCGGGAUUCUGAUUCGUCAAAGCUUUGGCAUGGGCCUGUCGAAGCAUCUGUUCAACCCUUUGAAGAGGAACGAACACGAAGCGGAUGAGAAAGACAACUCCGACAUUGUACUUGAAUAGUAUAGGGAUGGUAUGGCGAAGCAGUGCUCUUUAAAGGGGAAUGCCAUUUUCGAUAUCUAUUUCCAUAAUUUUUGGCUCAUGUCUCUAUUUUUUGUGUCUGUGUCUGUGUAUGUGCCUGAACCCGCGGACGGACGCAAUCCCUUUGAAC